GCGAGCCCCCGCCCUGCCGGUGACCCCCGGCGCCCGCCCGGGGAUCCGCCAGCCCCCCGAGCAUGAAGACGCUGGUCCGGCUCUUCUUCACGCUGGUGUGCGCGGCGGUGGCGGCGGUGCUGUACAUCCUGCUCGGCUCCCACACCCCCGUGCAGCGCUCCGGUACAGCCCCGGCGCUCCGGGACAGCCCCGCCACGGCCAGGGCUGACAGCGUCCGCAGCUUCCCGGGCUACAGCCGCGUUCCCGACGGGAAGCCGCUGGAGCGAGCGCGGUGCCGCCAGUGCGCCAUCGUCUCCAGCUCGGGGCAGAUGCUGGGCUCGCAGCUGGGCCAGGCCAUCGACGGGCAGGAGUGCGUCCUGCGCAUGAACCAUGCCCCCACCGCCGGCUACGAGCAGGACGUGGGGGCCCGCAGCACCAUCCGGGUGGUCUCACACACCAGCGUCCCGCUGCUGCUGCGCAACCAGCCCUACUUCUUCCAGCAGUCUCAAGAGACCCUUUACUUCAUCUGGGGGCCAGCAAAAAAGAUGAACAGGGAGAAGAUGGGCUCAACCUACCAGGCUCUGGUCAAGGUGAUGGAGAGGUACCCCCAGCUGCAGAUCUACACCCUGACUGAGGAGAAGAUGACAUACUGUGACGAUGUCUUCCAGAAUGAGACAGGGAAGAACAGGAUGAAAUCCGGCUCCUUCCUGAGCACGGGCUGGUUCACCAUGAUCCUGGCCAUGGAGCUGUGCGAGCAGAUCUGUGUCUUUGGCAUGGUCAGCGACAGCUACUGCAGGGAAAAGAACCACUCCAGCGUGCCGUACCACUACUUUGAGAAGGGCAGGCUGGACGAGUGCAGGAUGUACCUGACGCACGAGCAGGCUCGGCGCGCCGGGCACCGCUUCAUCACCGAGAAAGCCAUCUUCUCCCGCUGGGCCAAGAGGAGGAACAUUGUCUUCAACCACUCAUCCUGGGCAGGCAGGUAGGGCACUGCCACGGCGUGAGGCAGCAGGAACCUCGGCGGCAAGGCAGCAACACGUGCCAGCUCUGCCGGUGGCACGGCUGGUCACCUCCUGCCGAGCCCUGGAGCAGGGAGUCUCCAUCUCUGCACAGCAGUGCCUGUUUCCCAGCUGGUGGAUGGGCUGGGAACCCCCUCUUGGUACAUGAUGGGCAUGAGCUGGACCCAUGCAGCCCCACCAACUCCAAAUGUCUGCCUGGAUGGAGCCAGGGAGAUCUGGUUUUCUGCUCUCUCUACUAGGAGGAAUAUUUAAUGCAGGAUUAGACGUGCUGCUGGA